CGUUUCCUGACUCGGUGAACCUGACAGCCACCGCCGUCCAGACGAGGACCAAAGACCGUUGGGGGUUGCAGUCAUGUCGGCAGCUGCUCCGGGGACCAGCAAGGCGGGACAUAGCGAUGUGGUCCAGAAGAAGAAGAAGGGACCCGGUGCCCUGGCCACGGCUUACCUGGUCAUUUAUAACGUUGUUAUGACAGCGGGGUGGCUGGUGAUAGCUGUGGGUCUGGUCAGAGCUUACCUGGCCAGAGGAAGCUACCAUGGGCUUUACUACUCCAUAGAGAAGCCCCUGAAGUUCUUUCAAACCGGAGCUUUGCUGGAGAUUCUACACUGUGCUGUAGGGAUCGUACCGUCCUCUGUAGUCCUGACUGGAUUCCAGGUCAUGUCCAGAGUGUUUCUCACCUGGGCCGUCACACACAGCGUCAGGGAGGUGCAGAGCGAGGACAGCGUGCUGCUGUUUGUCACAGCCUGGACCGUCACAGAGAUCAUCCGCUACUCCUUCUACACCUUCAGCCUACUCAACCACCUGCCAUACCUCAUCAAAUGGGCAAGGUACACCUUUUUUUUCGCGCUGUAUCCCAUGGGGGUGACCGGGGAACUGCUGACCAUCUAUGCAGCGCUGCCGUUCGUGCAGAAGACGGGCCUGUACUCCAUCACUCUACCCAACAAGUACAACUUCUCCUUCGACUACUACACCUUCCUCAUCCUCACAAUGAUCUCCUACAUUCCCCUGUUCCCCCAGCUUUACUUCCACAUGAUACGGCAGAGGAAGAAGGUGCUGGGCCACGUAGAGGACUACAGCAAAGUGGAGUGAGCAAAUCAGCUUCGAGACAGAUCUGAUGGAGGGAAAAGAAAAACCAAAACAAACAACAGAAGAGGAUCGAGAAAAAAACAAAACAUGUCUGCUUAAAUCUCAGCCAGUUCUCAAACUGCCAGAACUGAACCUGGCAGAAGAUCCAAUUAUCAAGCAACUUUUUUUUUUUCCCAAAAAAACUGUUGUCCGGGUUCAAGAACAAACGGGUGUUAUUUUAUGUCGUUGUUGUUUUUAUUUAUGAACAAACUUUCUUAGUGUAGUCAGAGAGCCUGAACCUGUAAAGAGCCGCUGUCUGAGCAGUGAGCAGAAUUGAACCAUGCACUGAUAGCAUAACCUCUGAUUAAAACGUCCUCAUAGAGAACUCCUGAUAGAUCUGUCACCUUUUCAUGCCUCCUCUUUUUUUUUAACCAGCAGCUUUGGUUUAAUUUAAUGUAGAAAGAAACAUGACUGGACCAGGACUGAGACUAGGUUGUCUGUAGGUUUAGCACCUACUUUGUGUUUGUAGUUUCUUUUUUUGUCUUCAUUCAUUACAGACGACAGUUUGAUUACAUUCCUACGUAAGUUCAAUAAACGUUUUUUUCUUGUCUGCAUGAUUUUCUAUCUGUUUUUUCUUUUGUGUUUGCUGCUGUUUGUUUGGAUGUUUCUGUUGAUUUUUAUUGGUCGGUCUUAAGCUGUGUUGACUCUUCAGCAGUUUUCCCGUGAUGAUUGUGAGUCUGUGCUUUUCAGUUCCUCAUGUUUUUGAUGUUUUAGUGUUAAUUGUCAACACAAGGUAGCCGGUAUGUUUUCCCAUCAAACACUCAUCUUCUCUUCAUAUGGUGACAUGUUUUCUUUAAUGUAAAGAUAGUGAAUAAUUGAAGAGAUAAAAGAGGUACUUUUUACUCAUCAACAUAUACACAUACAUUUCCCAUGACUAAUGAGGCCCAGGCGUCAUCCUACCGCUUCAACCUUCAAAAGAGCAGUGUGUCUGUACAGCUUUUAUUACAAAGAACAUUUGAGUUAUGACUUUUUUUAAUUAUGUGACACGUUGGCAAAAAAAAAAGAAGAUAGCACAACGUACAGUAGCAUCAGUCUUUUCUGAAGAAAUAAGCUUUGAUAUGUGACAUGAAACAAAACUGCACUGUAGCCCGAUAUCAUACUGGAUGUUUAAACUUCAGAGUGAAGCUGCUCGUCUUUGGUAAAUAAAACAGAUUUUUCUUUUUCA